UUAUUGGUUGGAGCUGGCUGCUAUUCUCUUCCGGGUACGGAGAGUGAAGGGAGCGCUCCAGCUGGACAAUAUUGUUGAUCAAGCAAAGUGCAGACAGUUUAUAACACCGUCAACUGUUCUUUCUAAUGUACUGCCUCUGACAGCAUGUUAUAAUGGAAAGCUGAAUACCACUUUAUUGGCAAGAUUCUUGUUAACAUCACAUUCUGGUUAUCACACCAAUGCCCACCUCAGUGACACCAUGAGUAAUACCACAGAUACCGGACCAAGUAAUAUUAAUGCUGACUCUAUGGGAGGGAUUGUGCUGGUGCCUUUCUUCUUAAUCACUGUUCUUGGUGUAGUUGUUGCAGUGAUCAUGUAUGUAAAGAAGAGGAAAAGAGUGGACCGGCUUAGACAUCAUCUGCUUCCUCUAUACAGCUAUGAUCCAGCAGAAGAAAUACAUGAAGCUGAGCAGGAACUAUUAGGCCAAGACACUAAGGUUGUACAUGGUUGGACAAGUGGUUAUCACCAGUAUAAGAGAGCAUCAUUAAGGGAUAUAACGGCCUAAGUCUUUCCCGCUGGAGAAGUCUGCACAUGGGCUGGAACAAACCAACACCCUCCCUUUUAAUGCUUUAUUUCCCAUGGGUUUAAUUAUUUAAAUUGAUGGGGAUUAAUUAUGUUUAAAUUAAUACUCUGUAUUCACAUAUAUUGCAAAGCCUUGUGUGAUUAAAAUCCUAAUGCCCUGUACACACGAUCGGUUCGCCUAAUCAAAACAAACCAAUGGAUUUUUCCAUCAGAUAUUCGAUGAA